AUGGCGAAGGCGAAGCCCACCAAGGGUACUAAAGGCUCGCCUAAUAAGCACCUUUCUGCCAGAAUCAACUUCCUACAGCAGGCUGCUCUUCAUUUGGCUGAGUCACACUCCGGGAAGGGUGUUCAAGAAAGCCCAAGACAUUCAGGGGAUUUGCAAAUGCACGAUGAUUCAAAGACGACCAUGAACCACAAUGACCAUCCGCCAAAUGGCCUCGCCGCUCACUUGGCUCUCCAGCUCCGCCAGGUUGCACUGAAGUCACAGAUCCGCCUACAACAUUCUACGAAGUACUUCAGCUGCAAGGUGUGCCACGCCGUUCUGGUCGACGGUUACACGUGCAAGAAUUACACGGAGAACUUGUCUCGUGGUGGUAUGAAGCCCCAUGCCGCUCUUGCUGUACACGAAUGCAAAACAUGUGGAACGAAAAAGAGGUUUCCGUUGAACUCAGCGCGGCAGUCUAGGAAGUCCAAGCGAACCGUAGUCGCUUUGCCAACGGAGAUGUUACAGCAAGUCGAGGAUUCACCUAAUAUACCGCCCGCUUGA